CGGGGCAGAGGCAGGGAGCGAGCCGGCGAGCCAAUGAGAAGGAGACAUCCACUCCCCUCUGUCCUGCCCGGCUCGGCUCAGCUCGGCGCGCCCUGUAAUUAGGAGCUCUAGUUGGGUUGGGCGCCGCCACGGUGGACAGCCCGGCUGCUGCGUCAAGGGAGUUUGGGAACGCCAGCUCCAGAUAGCGAGGAGCACUCCUGGUUUAGAGCACGCGGAAACAUGAACGGACAGUCCUCACCUGUCUUCGAAGAGAAGAAACCAUCCCUCCCUAUGGCCGGGAGCUCCAUCUCGGCCACCAAGGACUCCCCGACCCUGCCGGAGUCCUCGUCCACAGACAUGGGUUUCUACAGCGGCCAGAGCGCGCUCCACGGCUCGCAGGAUUUCUACCCGGCGGCGCAGCAGCCGUACUCCGCUCAGCACAUGAACCCGUACGCGUACCACCACUAUAACCUCCACGGGAUGGGUCCCGGGGGAGCCUACCCUGUGGGGAAGGCAGAGUACCCGUACCCCCCCUCAGCGUACAGGGAGCACGGCGCGUUCAGCAGGGAGGCGCAGGCAGCGCUGCAGGACGUGAAAGAGGAACCAGACGUGGAGGUUCGGAUGGUCAACGGGAAGCCCAAGAAGGUCCGCAAGCCACGGACCAUCUACUCCAGCUACCAGCUGGCGGUCCUGCAGAGGAGGUUCCAGACGGCGCAGUACCUGGCCCUGCCGGAGCGCGCCGAGCUGGCCGCGCAGCUGGGCCUCACGCAGACGCAGGUCAAGAUCUGGUUCCAGAACCGUCGCUCCAAGUUCAAGAAGCUCUACAAGAACGGAGAGUUUCCACUCGGGGAAAUUCCUCUUGAACACAGUCCGGACGCCAGCGACUCCAUGGCCUGCAACUCUCCUCCGUCCCCCGCCGUGUGGGAAAACAACAACAGCAACAACAACAACAACAACAACAACAACAACAACAACAACAACAGCAGCAGCAACAACAAGAGCAACGCAAUGAUGGAUCCCACCAGCAGGGGGCAGGGUCCCUAUCAGCCGCCCGUCGACUCCUCGCCCGCCUGCAUGGGCGAGUACACGCACCAGGACUGGUACCAGCAGCAGGGCGCACACUUAGGUCUGCCACAGUCGGGCCACCACACGCCAUCAGCAGCGGCAGCAGCGUCCGCCGCGCAGAGUCUGGGCGCCGUCUACUGACGCUCAACAGUCUGACUCCAGCGCGCUGGGGGGAUUUUGGUUUUCUUUUUUGGAUGACUUGGAGCGCUGUGGUGACCGGCAACACCUGACAGCGAUCAUCAGACACGAGUCAUGACUGUAAAACCUGACACACAUGUCGUAAAAACGGCUUUCGGAUAGUAAACGUGGAUUAAAAACAAGUGGCGUCCUCAGCUGCCCCGUCCGCUCUCGAGUUUACGAUCUCAUAACAAAGACGUCGGGGUGAUGGAUGCGCCUUUUUUCUGUGCUGAGACUGAUACUGAUUUUUAAUUUUUUUUUUUAAAUUUCAAAUCACUGAUAACAGACAAUAUUUUAUUUAAUAUUUUAAAUAUGACGAUAUUUAUGCCAUUUUUCAGGAUUUUGCAUCGGUUCAGUCUUCCCUUAAUUCUUUUUAUUUCUGGAAACAGCUUCUGACAGCAUUUUCCCUCUGAACUGAAUACUACUGAAACUUUUCAGGCUUUGCAGCAAAUUUAAAGAUAUGUUUUCUUUUUCUUUUGUUUUUUUGUCUUUACGGAGAGCAGGACAGGAGCGUGUCACAGGCGAACACUGAGGGCUGAAACCAUCAAAUAUCAGCCAAACUGAUGUGACCCGUGAGCGGAGGAGAUUUUACAAAGUGAAUUUAACCCCUUAAUCCUUUGAAACCUUAGCAAAUGGAUUUGAUUUGGGGAGGAAAAAAC